CUGUGCACUCCUUUCUCCCUUAUACGUUCGGCAUUAACAUAUGACCGCUAAAUACAGUACAUUCCUUUAUUUCGCCUCUGAGCCAAUCUUUCUUUGAGCCUGUCGUUUUGGUCCCUCGUUUUGAAUUAUCUGUCGUCGUCAUUUGCUCAAACCAUGAGGACUUCUAAAGUAUUUCUGCCCUUGAUUACUCUAGGACUGGGAUCCUUGAUCACAGGUCUCCCUACAGAAAAGGACUUGCUCGAAAAGAUGAGAACUAUGGGGCAUAUUGAAAAGAGAUGCCCCUAUUCAAAUAUACAAUAUGCAGUCAAGGCGGGUGUGCAUAAGCGCUUGCUGAUAGAUUCUAUGAGCUCUCCAAUUGAUAGUAGGUCUUUCCCACAUGUACCAGGUAUGGGUGUCGCUGAAGAGUAUUGCAAUGAAGUCACUAGGGAGCAUACCUUCCAGCCUCCAGAUUUUGAGAAAUGUGAUCAGCGUGGACCUUGUCCUGGCUUGAACGCUUUGGCGAACCAUGCAUAUAUCCCUCGCAGCGGUGUCGUACCUGUAAGUGAAAAGCCUGCGUGUAUAAGGAUCCACAUGUGUUUAUAUCUGGUGAAUCAUAGUUCACCGACGUGAUUGCUGCCAUCAAUGAAGGUAGGCUUAUAUCCGCUUCCUAGAUGCCAAAUUUACCAGAUUAAUGACUAUAGUAUACGGGAUGGGAGUCGCUCUUGCGACGAUCCUCGGCGCGAUGGGUUACGGUUUGGACAGGGAAUCCACAGUCUUUAGACCCCAGCUUUUCCAUUGAGGGAAGGGGUACAGGCGUGAGCAAUCCUCUAGGGAACCUUGGGGGUCUCCUUGGUUCGUCCCUUACCGAAUAUCUAACUGGGAGCAAUCUCUAAAUUGUCACAGGCAAGCCACAAGGCCUCAUUGGCUCCCACAAUGUCAUUGAAUCUGAUUCUUCCAAUACGCGCGUUGACCUCUAUACAACCGGCAACAACCACACUCUCAACAUGAGCAAGUUCACGGAAUGGUACAACAUGUCCAUGGAUGGCACAUUCAGCAUGGACCUGAUGGCAAAAUGAGCGAAGAUUCGUAUGGAUCAAACCAAGCAGACCAAUCCUGAAUUCUACUACGGGCCAGUGACUGGGUUGAUUGCGCGCAACGCCGGUUAUCUAUUUCCGGCAAGACUUUUUCGAAAUUAUUCACAAGUUAAUCCAGAGGGCAUUCUGAAUAAGAUUUAAGACUGGCAGUCAACCUCGAAAGCUUGGGAACUAACCGUUGAACAGCC